GAAGACCAAGAGCCUGCCUGAGGGUGAAGCCCAGCCCGGAGGUACCAGCCGCCCCUGUUCCUCCAGCACCAGGUUAGUUUGAUCCUCGCCUCACCUCUCUGCCAUGGCUUCUGGAGGGGAAGGUCUGGCUGAUGGCUCCCCUGACUGGGCUGACACCAGCAUCGAUCUCAGCUCGCCAGGCCUCGCCAAGGCCAGCGCCUCCAUGCUGGACAGUGGGGAGGACUUCGAAGUCCUCGAUGAGGAUGACGACGACGACUUGAGUGAACUCCCCCCUUUGGAGGACAUAGGGACGGGAAGGACCCCACCAGCCAGAGAUGACACCCAGGCGCCCGGGUCAGAGCAAGCCCCAGAGGAGGCCUCCAACAUGCCCCAGGCAGCUGAGGAGUGGCUUGAUGUCUUGGGGAGUGGCUUACUCAAGAAGAAGACCCUGGUGCCAGGUCAAGGCGUGGCGAGCCGGCCGCGCAAAGGCCAGGAUGUCACUGUCCGACUUAAGGCGAUGCUGGAGGAUGGCAGCGUCGUGGAGGACAGUCCCAGCCUCUCCUUCACCCUGGGAGACUGCGACGUCAUGCAGGCCCUAGACCUGUGUGUGCAGCUGAUGGAAAUGGGAGAAACUGCCUCGAUCAUGUCGGAUGCCAAGUACUGCUACGGCCCGCAGGGCAGGAGCCCCGACAUCCCGCACCACGCAGCCCUCACCCUGGAAGUGCAGCUGCUGGCCGUGCAGGACGCUCCUGACCUGGAGCUCCUCCGUGGGAGAGAGAAAAUCCAGCUGGCCAAUCGCAAGCGGGAGUGCGGGAACUUCUACUACCAGCAGGCGGACUACGUGCUGGCCAUCAACUCCUACGACAUCGCCCUGAAGACCAUCGACUCCAGCUCCAAAGUCGACUUCAGCCCGGAGGAGGAGGCCGAGCUGCUGGAGGUGAAGGUGAAAUGUCUCAACAACCUGGCAGCCUCUCAGCUCAAGCUGGACCAUUAUGAGGCUGCCCUGAGAUCGUGCACCCAAGUCCUGGAGCACCAGCCGGAGAACAUCAAGGCCCUCUUCCGCAAGGGGAAGGUGCUGGCACAGCAGGGCGAGUACAGCGAGGCCAUACCCCUCCUCAAAGCAGCUUUGAAGUUGGAGCCAUCAAACAAGACUAUCCAUGCAGAGCUCUCCAAGUUGGUGAAGAAACACGCGGAGCAGAAGAACGUGGAGAGCGCGAUGUACAGGAAGAUGCUGGGGAACGCCAGCAGCACCCCUGCACCGUGCAAAGACAAGUCGCCCCGGUCUAUUCCCUGGAAGUGGCUCUUCGGCGCAACAGCUGUCGCGCUCGGUGGCGUGGCCUUGUCCGUUGUCAUAGCCGCAAGGAACUAGUGUCGUCUGCGGAGAGGCCCAAGAAGCCGUGCCAUGCCCCAGUCUGCCCCACCAGCUGCCCCGGCACCUCGGGACCUGCACCGGUGAGGACUGUCUGAUUUCCUCCCCUCAGAACGGAGCCGGGGUUCUGUGCAUCGCUCCC